UGCGUGUGACGUGUCUUUUCGGUUGACCGUCACCAAAUUUCCUUUAGUACUACAUAAAAGGGUAUGAUCUUCGACAUUUUAUAAAAGAAGACUGUUUUCUGUGAUAUUCGACACAUGAAGAUGAUGCUGCUAUUUACAAGCGUAAUUUGCUUUCUUGGGCUGUCUAUGCAGACAGCGGAAGCAGCGAGUUGUCACAUGCGAGAAGUUGAUCUGUGUUUGGCAACAGUUUUACUUAGUGCAACAGAAGGUGUGCCAGUCACAGAUGAAGAUGUGGACAAAACUUGCGAGCCCAUUCAAGAGGGAAUUGAAUGCAUGGGAAAUUAUUCACAAUCAUGCUUCACACCCUUAUUCCAAGAAGUUUUUGACAUGGUCAUUGCAGAGCCAAAGAAAUACCAAUCUCUAAUGUGCACUCCUGGAACAGAUGAAAGAGCGAGAUACCUAAAGAAUGCACCAUGCUUCCGAAAAGUGUUAUCAAACGACAACGUCCGACCUCACAUUGAAGAUUUAAUGACAGCUUUAGAAAAAGCAACAGACUCAAAAUUCCAAGACAGAAUUCCAAUUAUGUGCUGUGGAAUGCAGAGGAUGUUCAAGGCGGCCCUCAAUAUGGUAGAGCAACAAUGUGGUAAGGCAGUGAUUGAAGACGGCAACAUGAUGAUCGGAAUGUCUGCUUCCAGCUUGUCAGAUAUCUUCUGCAGAGGUUAUGAGCCAGAUACUCCAAAAUGUGCCCUCUUGCCACCCUCUGGAACACCCUCGAAAGGUUCCGAUUCCAAACUCCAAAUCAUCCAGUUCAUCAAUACCGCUCUCGCUAACUGGCAGUGAAUACCUACGUCUCAGUGAUGUAAUUGUUGAUUUUUUUUCCGCAAUAAAUAAAAAGUUGUUUUGUUAUAAAA